GCUGCGUUUCCUUCCUCUCGCACUCCGCGCUCCCCGCAGCGGCCGGAGCGGCGGCGCGAGCGCGUCCCGGGGCCCGUUCUCGUCCUGCGGGCGCCCGCCUGCGGAACCUCGCAGCGCCCGGGGGGCGAGCGAGCGAGUCCGGGCGGCGGCCGGGGCGGGUGGUGGCGCCGGGAAGAUGGUCGCCAAGCAGCGGAUCCGUAUGGCCAACGAGAAGCACAGCAAGAACAUCACCCAGCGCGGCAACGUCGCCAAGACCUCGAGAAAUGCCCCCGAAGAGAAGGCGUCGGUAGGACCCUGGCUGCUGGCCCUUUUCAUUUUUGUUGUUUGUGGCUCUGCAAUUUUCCAGAUUAUUCAGAGUAUCAGGAUGGGCAUGUGAAGUGACUGACCUUAAGAUGUUUCCAUUCUCCUGUGAAUUUUAAUUUGAACUCAUUCCUGAUGUUUGAUACCUUGGUUAAAAACAAUUCAGUAAAGCAUCCUGCCUCAAAUGACUUUCAAACCAUCCUUCAUGUGUCAUUCCAAGGUUUCUUCACAAGUCAUUCCAGAUUUUCUAGUCCAUACCACAGUGCCUUGCAAAAGCACCAUAUGAGUAAAGCAAUAAAAUUUGAUUGUUAAGCUAUAGUAGCGGACCCUUAUUCAGCCAGUAAAGAGGUUUUUUUUUAUGUGUUUAUUAAAAUAGUAUGCAGUGUGGGUAAUUAGAUUAAAUCUGUGUAGACAGGGUCUAGAUUUUAUUAACCCUAAUAUCUAAAUGCAAUUAGCUUAAUUUAAAAUUUGGAAUCUUGAGGUUUUUGUAUAGCUAGGCACUUUAUUACUCUUGAAUUGAAAGCACACUCUAUUACAGGGCCAUGUAAUUAUCCUGUAAUAAGGUGCUUAUAUGUAAAUGGAGGAAGUAUACAGCCUAGUUUUGCCACAACUGUUAGCACCUAAAAUUUUAAAAGCUAAAUGCGUAAUGUAAGUGGAGACGCUGAUAGCUACAUCUAUUUUAAUGUUACUAUUUCUGUUACACUACCUUGGAUUUUGCAUGCAUGAGUAUAGUAACCUCAGAACCCAUUGUAAGAAAAAAACGUAGUUGAGCAUUUUGUAACCUAAGCAGUUACUCUGGUUUCACUGAAAUCUACAUGGUGGAGUAAAAGCAGGGAAGGUUUGUUUAUGUCACGCUGAUUUCACCAGAAUUUUAAUAUAUCAAAGGGGUUAACGAUGUUAGACAAAAUUUUAGGGAAAAAUGCUAGAAAUGGAUGCCUCAUCAACUCAUACUGUGGAGUCCAGUGUGCUAUAUGACAUCUUGGUAUGUUAGGAGCACUUUUAAUAUCAAAACACAAUUUCAAAAAAGCACACCAACCAAUAAGUUAUGCUUAGUUUGGAAAUGCUUUUUCUAUGUUUAUGAUUGAAAUUCCCUUAGGAUACUAGACACAUCUGACUAAGGUGGCAUUUGGAAUUAAAUGGAUUUACUGAUACUGAUCAGUUUUUGGCCUUGUAUGAUUUUAUAGGUUAUGAUUGAUCAUUUUCUUUUAUGAAUAGUGAGGGCAAGGGUGAUAAGGUAGGUUUUAGGUUUUCUAAUAUGCAAGUUUGUUGAAAACUGCAAGUAUUGGCUAUUAAUACACUUAGCCAUAAUUUAGUGCAAAAAAGCCCAAACACAGUGUCUGUGUAUUAAGAAUUGGAACAAGGCUGCUUGUUUGCUUUGUUGAUUUCCUCAGGAUAUCUCUUUUAAAUAAGCUUUUUAAAGAGGAACAGAAGGGAAAUUGCUACCUAGUCUACACACAUUGUGAACUUCAUAAGGACUUUAAUACUCUCAAAUAUAGAAGAAAGUAAAAGAGUGGUUAAGGACACGGUAUAGGAACUUAACUGCUCUAAUAGGAAAGGAAUCAGCUGGCUUUGGGGCCAGCAGGGUUUUUUGAAACUAAUUUGUUACCUGCCUUUCUCACCCAAUAAAUCGCUUGUUUCUCUCCUUGAAACAGAUCUUGGUUAAUUCUAUUUUAUUAUAACUAAAACUGAAAGUUACUGCUCUAAAGUUAUAGCAGGUGCCUUAUUCUUUGCUUUGAAUUGAAUCAUUCCAUAUCACAGUUUCCCUUUGUUUACUAUAGAUAAUUGGCUUUAAGGUUUUUUUUAAACCUGUACAAUAUUUUGAUUAAUUUGACUGUUAAAUGCUAUAACCAUCAAUCACUUUAUAUGUAUAAAAUUGCAUUCCUUUUGUAUUUCAUGUGUGAUUUACUAGUUGAGUGCAUUUUAUAUUCAGGUUGAAUUAUGCAUGUUUGAGUAAAUGAGAGCUGUGUCUUAUUUGAUUUAUUGUUUAAAAAUAAAGUUUCCUGAAUAUUUGAUGUUUUUCUAAAAGAAAAUGACUUUACAGAGUUCUUAUCUGAGUGUACCUUUAUAGUUAAUAGAAAAUUAUUUUAAAGAAUGCCUAGUGUUAUCUUGUACUUUAAAGAAAUAGUACCUAGAGACACAGAUGUAAGGUUUGUAAUGAAAUGGGUAGCAUGAAAAAUACAGUGAAAGCAAAAUGAACUAAAUACUUCUCCAAUUAGGAUAUAGUUGCAUUAUCCAAGUCUGGUUCCAGGAAAAAGCACAAUUCUUUGAUCUGCCUUUCCAGUUGAAUUUUAUGUUUCAUCUAAUACAGAGCGGAGUAUGAGAAUAAAUAAUUUAUUGAGGUUGUUUCCAUUAUCUAAUAACUGAUUUGACUCAUGUUUUAAGGCAUUGUUAAUUAUUUCAUUGUAUUUGUCAAGUUAUAUUUGUUACUAAGUGGUCUUGCAAAGUAAUUUAAGGUUUUCAUUGUAACAGGAUGCAUUAUAAUGGGAUUUGACUCACAUUAAAGAAAUGUAUACCUGUAUAUUCAA